AUGGAAGUAGCGCCAGAUAUCAACCAAGGUCAAUCACAAGAGGAAGAGGAGGAACCAAUUCCAGAAGCCGCGCCAUCUCCUCCACGUCCCGACGACAACGACGACCACUGGGAAGAGGCGAUCCGGGUAGCCGGAAGCAUGGUGCAAUCCACGUACGAACGUGACCAACGGCCAGCCGAAUUCAAGUGCCGCCUCGACCGAUCCAGAACCUCCAACCGGAACACCCCGUACAGUACGCACCGUCCCAAGUCGGCACAAAUUUCACAGUUCCUCAACGCAGCCAUGGUCAACAACACGGAACUGCUCCAGCAGAUGAUCGACCGGGGGUUCAACCCGGAUCUACGCGAGCCCACGUUCAACCGGUCCGCCCUGCACAUUGCCUGCAGCCGAGGAUUCACCGACACCGUCCGACUCCUGCUGGAAAACGGUGCCAAUCCGAACAUUCGCGAUCUCAACCAAAACACCCCGCUACAUUUGGCCGCCUGCACGGAACACAUGGCCAUAAUCGACCUGCUGCUCAAAUACGGCACCAACGUUACCCUCAAGGACGCUAGCGGCCUAAUCGCGCUGGAGAUUGCCAUCGGGAAGCUUCGCCUCUCGGACCGAAUCAUCUCCAAGAUGCAAAAGCUAACCAAAAGCGACAUCCACACCCACCGGAACAAUGUGGUGAAGGUUUGCGAGAUGAUCUUCAACGCGUUCAAGCAGCAGGUCAGCGGCGGAAGUCUCCUGUACGUGGAUCCGAGUCCGGCCGGGCACGAACAUCAGCGCCACCUGGAGGAACUGUUGGCCGAGCUGAGCGAGCAGCUGCGGAGGGUUCGGGACCGCACCAUCGACUUUGAUUCCAUCGUGGACCGGGUGGAGAAUUUGGGCAUUCGGGGUGAAAUCGACAGCGACGUGGACCAGCUGCUGUCGACGCUGCAGAAAUUGGCCGUUUGA